CCCCGGUGGCAGCCGGGGCCGUGGGCAGGGCUCUCCACAAGCAGAAAAAAAUUGGUGGCGAGUCCAGGAGCCCCAUGGAGAGCGGCGUGUGCCACGUCCUGCCCUGGCGCUGCUCCCGGUGCCCAGCCCCUGCCACCUUGGGGGUCCUGGGCUGGAGGGGCUCCGUGCUCAGUCCAGCUCCGUGUUCCAGGUCUGCCAGCACAGGGCAGGGCCUCCCUGCCGUCCCCAGGGGCGGGGGAGGGAAGGAUUUAAAUUGGGCACCUGCCUCCUCUGCUCACCUGGCUGGGAGUUGGUGGGAGGAGGAGGAGGAGCAGCGGAGCCUGCCGGCAUCCAGCCGCUCCGGAUACACGGCCAGGGACAGGACAGAGCCCACCUGGGGGUCACCGAGGCCACCACAGAGGACCUGCACGGGGAGCGAGGACCUCACCUCUAUCCCAAACUCCAGCGCGGGGAGGCGGCGGCUGCUGAAACUCCCGGGAUCGGUGAGCAGGAGAUCUCCAGGCAGAGCUUGGUCCUUUUUGGGAAGGGACAAAGUGACCGAGUAGCAGCAGGGCUGGCUGGAGCUGCUGCUCUGUGUGAUAUGUUUUGUGUCGCCAAUGCUUCAGCCGAGCUGGGAUGUGGGAGGGGAACAGCGGGAGCUGCGGGACCCGCCGGAGCCUGCCGGCACCCGGGGCCGGAGCCUGGAGCAGUGGGAUUCGCUGGGAUCCAGGGGCUGGCACGGUGGGAAUCGCUGGGAUCCAGGGACUGGCACGGUGGGAAUCGCUGGAAUCCAGGGCUGGAGGCUGUGGCUGGCACGGUGGGGCUCACUGGGAUCCAGGGAUUGGCACGGUGGGGCUCACUGGGACUGUGGGACCAGGGCCCGUGGCCGGAGCAGUGGGACUCGCUGGGAUCCAGGGGCUGGAGCGGUGGGAAUCGCUGGGAUCCAGGGACUGGCACGGUGGGGCUCACUGGGAUCCAGGGACUGGCACGGUGGGGCUCACUGGGAUCCAGGGACUGGCACGGUGAGGCUCACUGGGAUCCAGGGGCUGGAGGCUGUACCUGGCACGGUGAGGCUCACUGGGAUCCAGGGACUGGCACGGGGGGGCUCACUGGGAUCCAGGGACUGGCACGGUGGGAAUCACUGGGAUCCAGGGACUGGCACGGUGGGGCUCACUGGGAUCCAGGGACUGGCACGGUGGGGCUCACUGGGAUCCAGGGACUGGCACGGUGGGAAUCGCUGGGAUCCAGGGACUGGCACGGUGGGAAUCGCUGGGAUCCAGGGGCUGGAGGCUGUACCUGGCACGGUGAGGCUCACUGGGAUCCAGGGACUGGCACGGUGGGGCUCACUGGGAUCCAGGGACUGGCACGGUGGGAAUCGCUGGGAUCCAGGGACUGGCACGGUGGGGCUCACUGGGAUCCAGGGACUGGCACGGUGGGGCUCACUGGGAUCCAGGGACUGGCACGGUGGGAAUCGCUGGGAUCCAGGGGCUGGAGGCUGUACCUGGCACGGUGAGGCUCACUGGGAUCCAGGGACUGGCACGGUGGGGCUCACUGGGAUCCAGGGACUGGCACGGUGGGGCUCGCUGGGACUGCGGAGCAGUGUCUGGAGCAGUGGGGCUUGGCCAGGAGCCCGGCGAGGAGGCGGCAGGCGGGUGCUGGGCUGGGGGGACAGGACUGGUGUCCAGUCUGGACUGGAUUGGACUGGACUGGUGUGA